AUGGUCCGAUAUCGCUCUCGUCUUCUGAUUGUCUUACUCGUAGUUGUAUGGAUUUUGUGUUCAUCCUUCAUGUUUAAUAAUUAUAAAGAAAGCUUGAAAAAUGUAGCAUAUGUGACAUUUCCAUCUGAAGUGUCAAAUCUCGAUAUUGGAAUUGUGUCACCGAAUUCUACUUGUCGUUACACCAAACAGAGUUAUACUAUCUGUGUGGAUGAAUUAGGAUACAUCUGUAAUUAUACUGCUUUACUGACCAAUAGUUGUUGCCCAUCUGAAAUUUUUGAAUGGCGCUUUGCUUGCCAUACAUGCAAAGAUAAUCAUUGUUGUUCUGUCUAUGAACACUGUGUGUCUUGUUGUUUGGACCCGAAUAAUAAAUCUCUGUGGAAUCAAGUUAUUCAAAAUACCAAUGCUAACAGCAGACGACAUCUACAGUUAGCUACGGAUGCAUUUGAAUUUUGUUCUGCAGUCUGUAGAACUUCUUCACUAACUGUUCUACAUGAAAAUCGAUAUCGUAAUUCAGCAGAAAAUUAUUGUUUCGCCUUAGAAAUUCCAACCAUAUAA